UCCAAUGUUAGUUUAUUAGAGUGGGUAAUGUUAGUUGAGAAGUAAUGAACAUUUUUAAAAGGUCAAGCUGAUAUAGUAUAACGUGCAAUGCAUAAUUCAUGUGAACUUAUUUUAAACGUUAGUGUUUCUUUUUGGUUUUAAAGAAAGAGAGAAGAAUAUUUUGUAAUUAACAGAUUAGUAAUGCAUUAUUAUACAGGAACCACUUUUAUAAAGAGAAUCCAAUUUUCAAACACUGUUGAGAUCUACAAUCACAAUUGUCUUUGGAGUUCAGUGAGAUAGGCAUAUCUUAGAGUUUUAAAAAAAAAAAUGUCGGAUCUUGAGGCACCAUUAGUACGUCCCAAGAGAAAGAAGAUAUGGGUUGAUUACUUUAUCCAGUUCCGAUGGAUCGUCGUCAUCUUCAUCGUCCUUCCCAUCUCUGCCACAUUGUACUUCCUCACCUAUCUUGGCGAUGUCUGGUCUGAAACAAAGUCCUACGAGAAACGUCAAAAAGAACACGACCAAAACGUUAACAAAGUCAUCAAACGACUCAAGGGAAGGGAUGCAGCAAAGGACGGCCUUGUUUGCACCGCACGUAAACCGUGGAUCGCUGUAGGAAUGAGAAACGUGGACUACAAGCGAGCCCGACAUUUCGAGGUCGACUUGUCUGCUUUCCGUAACAUCUUAAAGAUUGACAUAGACAGAAUGAUUGCUAGAGUGGAGCCUCUUGUGAACAUGGGACAGAUUAGCCGUGUUACGGUACCAAUGAACCUAUCCCUUGCUGUUGUUGCUGAGCUAGAUGAUCUCACCGUUGGUGGACUCAUCAACGGCUACGGUAUUGAAGGAAGCUCUCACGUGCAUGGUUUGUUUACAGACACUGUUGAGGCUUACGAGAUUGUUCUAGCCGGUGGGGAACUUGUCCGGGCCACUAGGGACAAUGAGUACUCUGACCUCUUCUAUGCUAUCCCAUGGUCACAAGGGACACUUGGGCUUCUUGUUGCUGCCGAGAUCAGGCUUAUACACAUCAAGGAAUACAUGAAACUUACUUACAUUCCGGUCAAGGGUGAUCUACAAACCAUAGCUCAGGGCUAUAUGGAUUCUUUUGCACCUAGAGAUGGUGAUCCAGCUAAGAUCCCUGAUUUUGUUGAAGGCAUGGUUUAUAGUCCAAGUGAAGGUGUAAUGAUGACGGGUAAAUAUGCAUCAAGAGAAGAGGCCAAGAAGAAAGGGAACAAGAUCAAUAACGUUGGAUGGUGGUUCAAGCCAUGGUUCUACCAAUAUGCACAAACGGCAUUGAAGAAAGGAGAGUUUGUUGAGUACAUUCCAACUCGAGAAUAUUACCAUAGGCAUACUAGUUCCUUGUACUGGGAAGGUAAGCUUAUCCUUCCUUUUGGUGACCAGUUCUGGUUUAGGUUCUUGUUUGGAUGGUUGAUGCCUCCAAAGGUCUCUCUUCUUAAGGCCACUCAAGGGGAAGCCAUCAGAAACUACUACCAUGAAAUGCAUGUUAUCCAAGACAUGCUUGUUCCUCUCUACAAAGUGGGUGAUGCUCUCGAAUGGGUCGACCGUGAAAUGGAGGUAUAUCCACUUUGGCUGUGCCCUCACAAACUCUUCAAACAAUCAGUUAAAAGCAUGAUUAGCCCUGAACCAGGAUUUGAGUAUGAGAUGAGACAAGGAGAUACAAAAGAUGCACAGAUGUACACUGACGUUGGAGUCUACUAUGCUCCAGGUCCUGUCCUGAGAGGAGAAGUGUUUGAUGGAGUAGAAGCAGUGCGCAAGAUGGAGCAGUGGCUGAUAGAAAACCAUGGCUACCAGCCUCAGUAUGCAGUAUCUGAGCUCGACGAGAGAAGCUUCUGGAGAAUGUUUGACGCUGACUUGUACGAGCAUUGCCGCAGGAAGUAAAAGGCUAUAGGCACAUUCAUGAGCAUUUACUACAAGUCGAAGAAGGGACGUAAGACUGAGAACGAAGUCAGAGAAGCUGAGCAAGCUCAUCUCGAAACAGCCUAUGCCGAGGGAGAUUAAUAGCAAAGUUUGUUACACAAUCUCUUGCUUGUGUGUUUGUUAAAAUGUUUCUUUAACUUGUUUGGUGUACUCUUCUUUACUAUUCUUGUGUACUUGACGGCUGAUGCUAUCUUGUUUGCGCAUAUUUAUAAAGAUUUCAAACGUAAUAGCACUUA